AUGACCACAACUUCCGUAAAAGUUGCAUUGAGGGUACGUCCUUUGAGCAAAAAGGAGAUACAACAAAAUUGUACCGAAUGUCUGUCAACAAUACCAGACACUACCCAAAUUGUCAUUGGAACUGACCGUUCCUUCACCUUCGAUUAUGUGUUCCCCUCAGACACUGAACAACAAGAUGUAUUCCAGGAUUGUGCGAAACCACUUCUGGACAAGUUAAUUGAGGGGUAUGUGAACUCUAUCGUGUUGCAAAUAUUUGACAUUGUAGUUGUAAUCGUCAUUUCGGACAAUCAAAAUUAUAAUGUCACAAUAUUAGCCUAUGGUCAAACGGGGAGUGGUAAAACUUUUUCUAUGGGUACCACUCUGGAUCCAAAUGCAAAACCUGAGCACAUGGGUAUUGUUCCACGUGCCAUAAAUCAGCUGUUCAGCGACUUGAACGAACGAAAGGCCAAGAACUCAGCAUAUGAAUUUGAAGUGUUGGUUUCUUUCCUCGAAUUAUAUAAUGAAGACCUUCUCGACUUGUUAAAUCCGCAAAGUCGGGAGAAUGGUAAAAAGGGAAAGAGCGAAUUGAUGAUUCGCGAAGACUCAAAUGGGCAUAUAUAUUGGGCCGGUGUGAAGGAGGUGCCAGUCAGCUCACCCGAAGACCUCUUUGCUCAACUCGCCAAAGGUUCGCUGGCCAGAACUGUUGCCGCCACAGACAUGAAUGCUGUAUCAUCUCGUUCACACGCCAUUUUCUCGGUAAUAUUAAGGCAAACGAAGAUUGAGGAUUCUGAGGAGAACAAAGAGAACGAACCACAGGAUGCUGAUUCAUCAAAAAAGAGCAAGAAGUCAAAAUCGAUAUCCGCAAAAGUCACUUCAAAGUUUCACUUUGUUGAUUUGGCAGGUUCCGAAAGGCUCAAGAGAACAAACGCCUCUGGUGAUCGUGCCAAAGAAGGAAUAGCUAUAAACGGAGGUCUAUUAGCUCUUGGUAAUGUCAUUAGCGCACUUGGCGAUGAGUCACGAAAGGUGACGCAUAUACCAUACAGAGAUUCGAAGUUAACGAGAUUAUUACAAGACUCGCUUGGGGGCAACAGUCAAACUCUCAUGCUUGCAUGUGUGUCUCCUGCCGAUUCAAACUUUAUGGAAACACUCAACACAUUGAAAUACGCUAAUCGGGCGCGUAACAUCAAAAAUAAAGUUAGUGUUAACGAGAGUUACGGAGGAAACUCAAUUGAGAUAAACCAGCUGAGAGGUCAGAUAAGCCGACUAAAAUUGGAAAUUCAAACUUUACGCUCUGGUGGCCUUGACGAAGAAGCCACACACAAAUACGAGGAAGAGAUUAAGAAUCUCAAGAAUGAAUUAGGCGUGUCAAAGAUGAAACUUCAAGCCGCCGAGCAACAGGUUAUCAUGGCCAACACAGAGAAGAAUACACUACUCAUGGAGAUCCAAUUUAACAGUCAAGAUCUUUCGGAGACGGAACGCGCUCAUCGAUUAAAAACACAUGAUAUAAUACAGUCCUACGAGCAGCAGAUCUUUGAUUACAAGAACCAAGUGGUCGAUCUUCAAAGUCAAGUCCAAACCUUGACUACUCCACGAAAAUCCUCGUUCGCCGGUUCCACGCCUGGCAAGGAGAAGGGUCACAUCAAGUUUUUCGAUGAUUUGUUUAACAAUAAUAAUUCUGAGGAUGAGGGUCCUGAGGAGUCCGCUAACCUCGAGGAACAACCAUCCGGACAACUUCCUCAAAAUCUGGAAGAAGCCAAAAACAUGUUCUCUCACAUUCGUGAGGAAGACGAAGAACUCGAUGAGAACCAGGAAACACAUCAAAAUACCGACGGUGCCGAGAGCGAUAGACCAAAACACAUGCGAAGGUUGCGAAGGCACAGUGCCAGGGAUUCCCUCGAGAAGGCCAAAGAGCAAAUCAGACAGAUGUUAAACCUCAAGAGUGACGAUCCUGUUCUGAGUCAAGUGAUCAACACUCCGUCGUCGACCAAGAGCGAAAGCUAUAUUGAUCAAAUGUUACCCAAUCUCAUGAAUUCCAAGAAUGAAAAGAGAAGGUCCAGUAGCGUGUCCUUCAGUGACAUUCAGACCAUAGAGGUCCCUCAGUGGGAUGGUUCAAACCAUCAGACGACGACUACUCAAUCUUCCAACCGCCGUGGUUCAAAUUCCAGUCGUUCGGUCAGUUUCUCCGAGCAAAUUUCUCCUAGUUCCACAAAGUCCUCGCAAAAUAGCACCGGUGGAUCUUCACAACAAAAUGCCGUUGCCUUUUCUCGCAUGUUGCACCAAAUACGAUCCGACAUCGCCGUCAAAGAGCAACUCGUCACCCAAUUAGAGCAAGUCGAGGCGGAAUUUACUUACAUGCGCGCCGAAUACGAACAGAGGUUGGCUCAAAUGCAAGAGAACUUGAUCGCUUUGCAACAUGAACGUGACGCCGCCAUUAAACGCGCCGCAAAUGCGGGAACUGGAAUUAGCACUCGCGACAAGAACUCCAUUCUUCUCGAACUCAAGGCUCGUUAUGAGCACAAGAUGAAGCGUCUCAUCCAGGAAAUCGGUGAUCUCCGUAGAAAAUACAACGAGGCCACCCAAAUAAACACCACCACCAAGAAUCAAAAUGAGACCAUAAUCAAGAGCUUAAAGGCCCAAAUCGAGCAACUCAAGACCGAGAAAGUGCGCCUGGUCAAACGCAUAAAAGAGGACUCCGACCGUGUUCGUGAAGUGAUGGAACGUAACCAACUCGAACUCCAAAAUUUGAGGCGCAAGGACAAGUCUGCUCAAGAGCAGGUGAAACGUCUCGAGAGGGCCAACGAGCUGCAGAAGGUCUUACUCGAAAAGAGACAACAUGAAGCCCUCGAGAAUGCCGGGAAACUUAAGUCGGUCAUGACUCUGCUCAAGAAAACUUCUUCGUCGAAAGCAAUUGUCAAGGCGUUCCGAGGGAAGCGCAGAGUUAGUCACAAGAAAGAAUCCCCGUCGAGAAGUAGCUCUGAUGACUUUAGUAAUAUCUACGAUGAGAUCUUCGGUAGCGGCGUCGAUAAGAAGAAGGUGCUGGACGAGGCUAUCGAAAGACAUAUUUCCAGUCGUCGGCAAUCGGCAAUGAUGGAAGAUCUGUUGGAAAGACGUGGUAAACUUCUAAACGAAAAGCAAGAACUUCUAAUGGCACGUGACACAAUGACCAAUGAGAGUCUCGAAGCUCAGACUAUGGACGAAAGCAUUGAAAACAUUAAUUCCGAAAUUUCCUAUGUCAACGCCAGAAUUCGCGUGUUACAAGCGGACGUCGCCAGGAACCCAACCGAACAAGCAGAAAACGAAGUGAGUCAGACUGAGAAACAUCGUGCAAGUCAUAAGACCGGAAAGGAGAGAAAACACUCUUUGGCGGAUAAUCCAUUAGACUUUGCGGUCACCCUUCUGAAGAAUCUAGACGGAAUAGAGUGUCAGGUCAUCAUGGAGUCAUUAUUCAAAGACAUUGUUAAACUUCGCUUCAACGAGCAGUCCAAACAAGUGACGCUAGCUCAUCAGGAGAAAAAUAUCUCUGAAUUACAAAAUAAUUUGCUAGCAAUGCGCAAGGCGAUAGAUCUCGCGACUUCAGAAUAUGAGAGGAGAAAUAGAGACUUGGAAGAAAAAUUACGACGUGUCACCGGUCGAUCUUCUAACCCCGCAUCACCGAAAGACGAAUUGUCGUCGUUCUUCGAUCGUAUCUACGAAAGCACGCUGGCAGAGGUAACAGCGCAGAACAAAGUAUCAACCCCUGUUCAGGCUGAGUCAAGACGUAAUUCCUACUUUGCGGAAAACGAUGCAGCAACCUACUAUUCGUCUCCGAUGGACAUCACCCCUGCGGACACAACAUCUGGAACGAAUCAGGUGAAUUCAGCGAUUCGCUCACGACCAUCAAUACCGGAAGGUUGGUUGAACCUUCAACCGCGGGAGAAAGAUGUGGCCGCGGAAAUCACGAUCGCAAACGAGAUGAAAACUCAACCGGCAUCUCCGGGUGCAUCAUCCAAAUCCGCCAAGCGAGAUGAAUUAAACAAGAAUGAAAAUCGAAACAGCGUUGGAAGUAGCAACAGUCUUAGCAGGACGGGAUCAAGCGGCAGACGGUUAAAACGACCACCGUCGAUCAUCGGUCCGAGCGCUCAAAAAGAGGAUGUGGGAGAGAGUCCACGUACACCAACAACCGAACGCGCUAAUAGAUCUGUUCACCAACUAAAGCAAUCAUCAUCGACACGUCGAAGUUCGCUUCGUGAUACACCUACCCACAGUCGAAAUAACAGUUCGAAUAUGGAAUCCAUUGGUGACUCCACUCAUGAUAGUCCACGCGACAGUGGAUAUUUCAGUAGCGCUGACAAGCGUAAUAGCAUGAUUCGCCAAGGAUCCAAGGAACUUACUCAUAUGCGACAGACUAGUUCGCCAGACUUUGAUGAUAACGCAAGUGAAACGAGCGAGCAUAGAGGCUCUAGCGCGCAUCACGCGCACGCGAGAUCAAUCACACCAACGGAUGGGAGUGUAUACGACAGAUUGUCGAGAAGUCAUACACAAGCAAGUUCUGCCAAGAGUACACCCACGAAAAAAGCAUUGAGGGAGCUUAGUGCCAAGGGACACUUGAAGCAAAAUAGCGGAGGGGUAAAUGCUGCUCUGGCAGCGUUAGAAGGUAGAAGAGAUGAAUACGAACAAGAAAGCAUGCUCUCUGGAGCCGUGGUCUCUGCCGCCGCCUUGCCGUGA